AUUUCCUUCGAAUCCACUAUAUAUAGAAGAGAGGGUAUCCGGUGAAGAGCGAAAAAACCACCAAACGGCUAUUAUUGACGUUACAGAGACGGCGAGGCAGGGGACAAUACAGAGACACACGCACAGACAGACAGAAUGAGAGGGAUUGGGCAUUGAGAGAUCGUCGGUUUUUUUUGGAGAGUUUGGGUGUUUUUUUUUUUACUACUAUUAGCCAAAAUUUUCGAGGGGGAAUUUUGGCCUCUGGUUUUGGUUUUUGGGGGGUUUGAUCUGGGUGGAGGAGGAUCUGAUUUUUCCUGGGUUUGUGAGGGAAAGCUGAAAUUCAGCAUUGAUAAUUUAAUUUAGUGUUAAUCAUGUCUGAAGGGUAUUAUAAUUCCAAGAAGACUGAUGAUAUUUGCGAGGAAGUUUGUGGCCAGCAGGCCUCCCGCGUAGCAUUGGGCAUGUCCAGAUUGCGGUGCAUCUUGAGAGGAUUGGAUUUCAAGACCUAUAUAUUUUUGUUUGUGGUGGUUCCAUUGUGUCUCUUUGGCGCAUAUUUACAUGGCCAGAAAAUCACCUAUUUUUUGAGGCCUUUAUGGGAAUCUCCUCCGAAACCCUUUCAAGAAAUCCCGCACUAUUAUCAUGAGAAUGUGUCUAUGGAGACUCUCUGCAGACUUCAUGGGUGGGGAGUUCGUGAAUCACCGAGAAGAGUCUUUGACGCAGUGUUGUUCAAUAAUGAGGUAGACAUUCUUACAGUUCGUUGGAAGGAGUUGUAUUCUUAUAUAACUCAGUUUGUGCUUCUUGAGUCGAACUCGACGUUUACUGGCUUGCCCAAACCACUGCUCUUCUCGCUGAAUCGUGAAAAAUUCAAAUUCAUAGAGCCGCGGCUAACUUAUGGGACGAUUGGUGGUAGAUUUAAGAAAGGAGAAAAUCCAUUCAUCGAAGAGGCAUAUCAGAGAGUAGUGUUAGAUCAGCUUCUUAGAAUAGCAGGAAUUGAAGAUGAUGACUUGUUGAUAAUGUCUGAUGUAGAUGAGAUUCCUUCUGCCCACACAAUUAAUCUCUUGAGGUGGUGUGAUGACAUCCCUCCUAGUCUUCAUCUUCAGUUGAGGAACUACAUGUACUCUUUUGAGUAUUACGUGGAUAACAACAGUUGGAGAGCUUCAGUUCAUAGAUAUCAGAAGGGAAAGACUAGAUAUGCACAUUAUCGUCAGACAGAUGUCCUCUUGUCCGAUUCAGGGUGGCAUUGCAGCUUUUGCUUUCGUCAUAUUAGUGAGUUCAUAUUUAAGAUGAAGGCCUACAGCCAUUACGAUCGGGUGAGGUUCUCUCAUUUCUUGAAACCCUCGAGGAUUCAGGAUGUGAUUUGCAAAGGAGAUAAUCUGUUUGAUAUGCUUCCGGAGGAAUACACAUUUCAGGAGAUAAUUGCAAAGAUGGGACCUAUCCCUCCUUCCUAUUCUGCUGUGCAUCUCCCUUCAUAUUUAUUGAAUAACGCUGAAAAGUACAAAUAUCUAUUGCCUGGUAAUUGCAAAAGGGAAAGUGGCUGAUUCCUUUUGAAAUAAUAAGCUUAAAGAUGCAGAUUUUGCUUUGGGCUCUGUUUGAAUAUUGAUAGCCAUGGUGUGGCAUUGAUUGGUAGAGCCUUAGAGAUGUAUAACUUGUCUGACAAAUUCUCGAUCAUUCUUGAGACACUGGAAGAGCUUGAUGGGUCCUUGAUUUUGGGUGAAAAAUUAUGUGCAUUCUGUUUUGGUUUCUUCCCACAUGGAGGUAUAGCUAGUUUAUCUAUUCAGGGAUCUGAUUUGAGGUUCAAUGGCACCUUUGUUUGUAGAAUUUGUAGAAUUCUUAUGUACCAAUGCCUCCCGUUCGCAGCAUGUCUCGAUCCCCUUACUUCGUGAGAUUAGAAUUGAUGUAUCUCAGGUUUCUAUGCUGGGAGUUUUGUUGAGAUGCGUUUUUUUUGGCAGGAAGCUUCUAACAGUCACUGUAAUGUAGAUUAAUUGUCUCUUCCCUGUUCUUUUGUUUGCUGUAUCAAUUGAUGAGUGGUUUAGUUUUGGCAUGUAAUAAUAUACUCAACUU